UCCUCCCUCCCUCCCUCCCUCCCUCUCCAUCUCUGCAAGCAACCGCGAUCGCGGAGAGUUUUCCUCGACCCGAUCUCGGUGGGGGGCGCGCGAGCGGAGCACCAAGAAUGACGGCCGGAGAUUCGUCGUCGGACAGCAUCGCUUCUCUCGUUGGGCUUGCGCCGCUUGAGGCCGUUCUGUUUGAUAUUGAUGGAACUCUGUGCGACUCGGAUCCUCUCCACUACUAUGCCUUCAGAGAGAUGCUCCAAGAGAUAGGUUUCAAUGAUGGAGUUCCGAUCACGGAGGAUUUCUUUGCUGAGCAUAUUUCUGGAAAGCAUAACGAAGAUAUAGCUGAGUUCCUCUUCCCGGAUGAUACCCCUCGAGGCCAAAAAUUCAUGGAGGACAAGGAAGACAUGUUCCGCAAAUUGGCCUCGGAACAACUAACGCCCGUGAGCGGCCUGUACAAAUUGAAGAAGUGGAUCGAAGAUCACGGCCUAAAACGAGCUGCAGUUACAAAUGCUCCUAGGCCAAAUGCCGAACUCAUGAUCUCAAGUCUCGGACUCACGGAUUUCUUUGAAGCUGUUAUUGUAGGAAGUGAGUGUGAGCAUGCCAAACCACACCCGGAACCUUACCUGAAGGCCCUUGAUGUGCUGAAGGUGUCGAAGGAGCAUACUCUAAUUUUCGAGGAUUCAGUUGCGGGCAUAACAGCAGGGGUGGCAGCUGGAGUGGCCACCAUCGGCAUAAUGACGAGGAACACAGAACAUCAACUGAUGGAAGCGAAGCCAACAUUCCUCAUCGAGAGCUACGACGAUCUGAAGCUGUGGGCCGCUUUAGAAGCGCUCGAGGAGAAGGGUGCUUGAAAAUUUCUUCGACGACCCAGGAGGUAGGUAGAGGAACUGCCCAUCAACUGCCAUUAGCCAUUCCGAUUCGAUGGCGCGAAACUGCAAGUUGAAUUUCGGGAUCGCAUAUUGUUUGCCAGAAUCUGUUCUGAUUCUGAGAGAUGUGUCAUAUCACUUUGCUUACAGUCAUAGAUUACUGAAAGUUCAAGUGGAAACAAAAGAAACGAUGCUAUUUUCACAACCUCGAUCGGUUCUUCCACUCUCAUGUACUAAUAAGAAUUUCCUCUGAUAUGAAUUUGUUCCUUUCACAUUA